AUGGCGACCAAUCACACGUUCGAAUCCCUGCAUCCGGUCUACGCGAACGACUCCGCGAACGCCUCCACCUUCCUCGUUCACGAGUCUUCCGUCAGAUGCUACCUCAUCAACCUGGCAGUGUCGGAUAUCACCAUGGCAACAUUCUGCAUCCCCUUCUCGUAUACCAGCUUCAUGUUCCACCGCUGGAUAUUUGCACCGGAGUUUUGCAGAAUAGUGGCGUUUAUGCAACACGUAAGCGUCACCUGCAGCGUGUACACCUUGGUGGCCAUCGGAGUGGACAGGUACAAGGCGCUGAUCCACCCUCUGAACACGCGCUGGACCAAGUCGCGCGCCCGCCUCGUCAUCGGCGGCAUCUGGCUCUUUUCCGUCGUCAUCUCGCUCGUGCCGCUCAUCGUGUCCGAUUCCGUGCGCUACGACUGGGACGGAGAGUGGUACUACGAGUGCAAAGAGAACUGGCCUAAGACGCAGGACGAACUGUACGAAAAACCUACACGUCGCCUCACUCCCUCGCGCUCGUAG